CCUGAUGUCUUCGCGAAGUUACACCGUGAACUACUUGGGGGCAGGUGAGCAGCCUUCGACCGAGCUUCGUCUAGUGCCCAAGAAGAUUCGCAUGGUGCCCACGAAGCGCCACGCAGUGGCGCAGCACAGACUGAUACUGAUGACGAAAAAGCAAGGUGAGCACGCAGUUCCAGGAAGAGUAAACUUCUUCUAGUGGAAGAGUCUAAUUAUCUACCUCUAUACAUAAUCGUCAUCGUCUCUGUGUUUGUAACUGUAUCAGGAGCAUCAGGAUAUCAGUAAAAAUCAGAGUCACCUCUUAGGAUGUUUGAAAUGAUUUUAGCUCGGAUGACCUACCACCCGAUGGAUAUGCAGACUGUGGCUUUCAAUGAGAUUACGCAGAUUUUUAGAAGUGCUGUACCUACAGAGGACACAAGGAAAUCUUUUAGAUUUAGGCGACCUCUCAGAAAGAAGUCUAGCAUUCUUUCAUGGCUUUGACGAAGGACUUUGUUCGUCAAUAACAAUAUGCACCUUGCUGCGAUGUUAGAUUGAAUAUAUAUGUCGUGCAAAGCAAGCAAAAAUUAGACAACUUGAGAUGGUUAUAUCAUAACAUUCGGCGGUACAAAAAAAACUUAUUACAAGAACGAUGAUCUAGAUCUUCCAAACUCAAACUCAAACUCAAACUCGUUCUCUUUGAGGAGGUCGUAUUUAUGUUAUCUGUUCUUCUUCUUGUUGAAAAGCCGUAUAUCUCCAUUGAGGGAACACAUCGUGUCCGCUUAGCGGAAUCAUUUUGAUGUAAAAAUACCGACGUAUAAUCUAUGAAGUUUUCACGUGGAAAAAGACUCCACCCUUUCAAAAACCGGAUCUUACUCGUACUCCCCGCGUAGAAACCUUCACGAAGUCAUUUUACUUGUAUCAAGAC